AUGUUUUCCUCUAAUGAAACACAAAAUAGUCCUGGAGAAACCUCGACCCUUCCGAAAGGGGAACCUACUGUUUCACAAACCACAGUUGAAACUACCACCACCAACAACAGCAACUCUGCCACCAUCACCACCAACCCAGACAAUAAUGGCAACAACAAUGGCGGCGGAGGAAAGGACAGAAUUAGCAUCCAUUUUAACCAUCUUAAGAAGUUACUCGAACAAAUGAAAAGCUACUUAACUGUACUUAAGACUCCUUCAGAAAAUGCAGUGGUGAAGAGGAGGAUCUUUGUAUACUGGGGAUUGGGAGAGGAGGAGUUGCGGGACGCUGAAGCAAAAUCACCUGAGAAAAUCGUUGAUAAAAUUCUUGAGGAAUUUCAAGAGAAAGGCUUAAUCGAGCCUGUUAUAAAAAAGCGAAAGCAGCCCCAGCAUGUUAAAAGCUAUAGAAUGGAUCCUCUUGUGCGUUCUGCUGCGACUUUGCUUCCCAAGGAAGCUAAGUUUUUUGAUUAUGAUGGCAAGGGGAAUGUGCUUCCCCAGAGAGAUUGGACUUCUGGUUUAGAUUCUAAGGGGAAUCCGGUAGUGGAUGAAAAUGUCUCAUGGCCACGCUCUCAAAGGUUGUGUCCGGAAAGUUUAAGCUUCCUUAGCCUUCAAGGGAUCUCUAGAAUUAAAGAGCUUCCACGUUCCAUAGGCCUGCUCAGAUCCUUGUUGAUCUUAGAUCUCAAGGAGUGUCACAAUUUGGAGAUUCUCUCAGAGGAGAUAGCCAAUCUCACAAACCUCAGGUACUUGGAUGUUUCUGACUGUUAUCUGCUAGCUGACAUGCCCAAGGGGCUAGGGGUGCACUCAGAACUUCGAGUCCUUAAGGGUUUUGUCAUUAGUAAUCGGCAAAAAAUUCGAAGAUCGGGCACUUUACAUGAUUUGAAGAGAUUGAGGAAUCUGAGGAAACUGACCAUUAAUGCAAGAAGUAAGGACUUCCCUACAAGAAACGAUCUAAGUGCUCUCCAAGAGCUUGGUGGAGUACUUCGAAACCUAACAAUAGUAUGGGGACCAACUGAGCCAAAUAAAGCACCCAAACCAGAAGCUAAGAUUGUAGAAGAAACCAAAUCAGCUGGAACGGUUCCUAUCGUUGAGAUUGAGACACUUCCACGGCAACUGAAGAAGCUGGAUCUUCAGUGUUUCCCCAAGUCUACAGCAACGUGGCUGACACCUGAAUCUUUGCCAAACCUAGAGAAACUCUACGUAAGAGGAAACCUCGCAACUCUGGGUGAAAGCAAAUGGUCCCAGGUUAAGACUUUACGUUUGAAGUACUUGAAUGAAUUGAAGACAACUUGGAUAAAACUGCAACAAUCUUUUCCAAAAUUGGAAUACUUGGAGAAAGUCAAAUGCCCUGGGAUCAUACUUUGCCCUUGCGACGAGCAUGGAGUGUGGAUGAAGACUAUUUGA